AUGGCGAUUGAAAGUUUGUAUAUUCUAAAAACGUAUUGGAUGAUUGGAGAUGAUUUGCAAAAGUUGCAUGAUGAGUUUUCUGAGAAUACGAUUUCUAAUUUUUAUAUGCCUUUUGGUUUGGCUCCAAACUUUUUAAUUAAUGAUGAGUUGUAUACAAUACCAAUGGCUGUAGAAGAAUCUUCUGUAGUUGCUGCGGCUUCUAAGGCAGCAAAAUUUUGGUUGACUCGAGGUGGUUUUAAAACCACAGUUCUUUCUACAACAAAAUUAGGUCAUGUGCAUUUUAUGUUUGAAGGAGAUUUUGAGCAAUUAAAAAAUGCAUUUGAACAGAAAAUAAAAAAUCAAUUGAUUGAAGAUACAAAUGAUAUUACCAAAAAUAUGCGUUCGCGUAAUGGAGGUAUUUUGAAUCUUGAAUUAAUUAAUAAAACUUCAGAUUUAGAUAAUUAUUAUCAGAUUAAAGGUUCUUUUGAAACUGUAGAUUCAAUGGGAGCUAAUUUUAUUAAUUCUUGUUUAGAACAGUUUGCAAAAACACUGAAAAACGAAAUAGAGUUAGAUAAUAAUUUUACGCAAGAAGAUAAAAAUUCAUUACAAAUAGUAAUGUGUAUUUUAUCUAAUUAUACUCCAGAUUGUAUUGUACGUGCAGAAGUUUCUUGUCCAGUUGAACAAUUAGCUGAUGGGAAUGUUUCUGCAGAAGAAUUUGUAGAAAAAUUCUCUAGAGCUGUGCGUAUUGCUGAAAUAGAACCUUAUCGUGCUACUACACAUAAUAAAGGAAUUAUGAAUGGGAUUGAUUCUGUUGUUAUAGCAACUGGGAACGAUUUUAGAGCUGUAGAAGCUUGUGCUCAUACUUACGCAACAAAAGAUGGUUCUUAUUCAUCCCUUACACAUUGUGAAGUAAAAGAUGGUAUAUUUCGUUUUUGGAUAGAUUUACCAACUGCACUUGGAACAAUUGGUGGAUUAACAGCACUGCAUCCUUUAGUAAAGUUAGCUUUAGCCAUUUUAGGAAAACCUAGUGCAAAAGAGUUAAUGGGGUUUGUUGCUGUUGCAGGUUUAGCUCAAAACUUUGCUGCAUUAAGCUCUUUGGUUACAACAGGAAUACAGAAAGGACAUAUGAAAAUGCACUUAAUGAAUAUCCUGAAUCAACAUGGUACUUUAUUUACAAAUAAAGAUAUAGAAAGGUUAGCACAUGUUUUUCGUUUGAAACCAAGUCAGUUUAUAGAAAAAUACUUAAGAAUUGAUGAGGACAAUGAUUAUGUUUUGCAACAAGUACCUUGUCCUUUUUUAGAUACAGAUAACUAUUGUUUGGUUUAUGAAGAUAGACCAAAGGCAUGUAGAGAAUAUCCUCAUACAGAUCGUAAGAAGUUUUAUCAAAUCAAUGAUUUAACGUUAAAAAAUACGCUUAUUUGUCCUGCAACUUAUGAAGUUGUAGAACAGAUGCAACAAGAAUUAAAAAUAUAA